GGGGAUGUUGGCGCCCUCGAGGAGGCGCGGCCCACUGGGAGGGAGUGGGGAGGAGUCAGUCGUUAAAAGCUGUUCCCGGCUCUGGCCCACCCGCCAGCCACAGACGCUGCGGCCAGGUGAGCGAGGCCUUAGGUACCCGGGCUGCGCCGCCUGGCAGCUGCGGGACUGCAGAGACGAGAGCGUGAGCGCUUGCCGCCUCCACCGAGCCCCGGGCCGGUGGCCAGCAGCGGGUACCGGGAGCGGGACAGGUCGGGGACCUCGCGGCAAGCAGGAGAGGAGAGCAUAACCUGGCCUGGACAGGGUACCAAGAGCGGAUUUCGCGCCCGACUCCCCAAACGUGCCGGAUUGGUUGGGAGCAGGAGCGCCAUUACAAGGACUCUGAACUUGGGGACGAUAUAUACUUUUAAGGACACGAGUUUCUCUGUAACGACUCCGGACUAGGAAGGCACUUCGGGUUUGGGGAUCAACGAUUCACUUUGGAGGCGAGGGCGUGUAGGACGCCCUCUUAAGGCUUUCCUCCACCCUCCCAUGGCGCUACCCGGCUCCUCUCAGGAUCAGGCCUGGAGCCUGGAGCCUCCCACUCCCGCGGCCCCGACCUCCGCAUCCUCGGGCUCCCAGGAGCGGGAGGGCGCCGGGAGCCCAGUGGUCUCCGGGGGGCUUCCCUUGGAGAAGGUGAAGCGGCCCAUGAACGCGUUCAUGGUGUGGAGCUCCGCCCAGCGCCGCCAGAUGGCGCAGCAGAACCCGAAGAUGCACAACUCCGAGAUCUCCAAGCGCCUGGGCGCGCAGUGGAAGCUGCUGGGCGAGGACGAGAAGCGGCCCUUCGUGGAGGAGGCUAAGCGGCUCCGGGCCCGGCACCUGCGCGACUACCCCGACUACAAGUACCGGCCCCGGCGCAAGACCAAGACCUCGGGGGCCGGGUCAGCCCACUUCGGCCAGGGAAGCGGCGGUGUGGCUGGCGGCGGGCCGGUCUGGGGGCCCGGGUACGCGACUAACCAAGGGAGCAGAGGCUUUGGGUACCAGCCCCCCAACUACUCGACAGCCUACCUGCCUGGCGGUUACGGCUCUUCCCACUGUAAACCGGAGGCCCCUUCGCCGUGCUCCCUCCCUCAGAGUAACCCUAGGCUCCAGGGUGAGCUGCUUCCCCCCUACAGCCCUUACCCACCCCCAGGCUCUCCCACUUUGUAUAACCCUCCCCUCUCAGGGGCCCCUAUGCCUCUAACCCACCUCUAACCCUCAUGGACAGAAAUGAACCUCCCAGAAAGGUUUCCACCCUCUUCACCCAGAACCACCUCCCCCCAUUCCCAGGUUGCAACCUCUUUGUAACUGGUGGGCCACAGUUCAGAGGAAAUGGGCAGUCCCCCCCCAAGCCCCUGAAAGCCAGGGGGACCAACACUUCUAUUUUUUUGUAAGCUGAACACAGUUUUGUACGAUUAAACCAUGUCUCUGGGUC